AUGGAGCGAGGCCUGGCCUUCCUGCUGGUCCUAUGCCUGGGUCUCCCGCCGCAGGGCCGCGGGCAGGACCUGGAAGUGGAGCCCCCGGAACCCGAGGUGGCUGUGGCAGUGGGCGGAUGGCGGCAGCUCACCUGCCGUCUGGCCUGCCCCGGCCGCGGGCCCGCGUCGGUGCAGUGGCGGAACCUGGACACCAGCCUGGGCCGCGUGCAGUCGAUCCCGGGCAGCAGCGUCCUCACGGUGCGAAACGCCACGCUGUCGGCGGCGGGUACGCGCAUGUGCGUGGGCUCCUGCGGGACCCUCGCCUUUCAGCGCUCCGUGAGGCUCCUGGUGUACGCCUUCCCGGAUCAGCUGAGCGUGUGCCCAACGGCCCUGGUGUCUGGACAGGACCAGGAGGUGGCCUGCACAGCCCACAACAUCACGCCAAUGGACUUUCUCUCCUUCUCCCUGCUCCUGGAGGACCAGGAGCUGGAGGGGGCCCAGGCCCUAGGCUGGAAGGUGGACGAGGCCCAGGAGGAGGACCCCUUGUUCCACGUGACACAGCGCUGGAGGCUGCCACCACUGGGCACUCCUGGCCCGGCCCAGCUGCACUGCCAGGCCACCAUGCAGCUGCCGGGCAUGGAGCUGAGCCACCGCCGGCCCAUCCGGGUCCUACAUAGCCCACCCACUCUGGAACCCCCGACACGGACCACCUUGGAGACCCCCACAUCAACCAUCUUGGAGCGUUCCACAUCAGCCGCCCCAGAGCCCCCGACCUUGAACUCUCAGGAGCCCCCCACCACGGCCCCUCUGGAGCCCCCCGCCAUGGGCACUGUGGACACCCCCACCUUGAGCUCCCCGGAGCAGAGCUCCAGCCUGGGGCCCUGCCGCCCUGAGAUCCUGCAGUCCCCCGUGUCAGCAGAGAGGGAGGCCCGUUGGGAGUUGUUAUGCAAGGUAUCCUGCGGCUCCCCUGGAGUGACCGUGCACUGGACCCAGGCGCCUGGUGGUCUGACAGCCUACAAGCUUCGGGAGGCGGGAGCGCAGGCCUGGCUGAGCCUGCAGCUGGCUGGACGUGCCCCUGAGGGCUUGUUCCAGUGCCGCGUGGAUCCGGGGCACGAGGUGGCCAGCCUGUACAUCAUGCCUGUGGCUGUCCAGCUGUCUGCCACCCUGUGGACCGGGAGCCUGGCGCUGGGACUGCUCCUCUUGGCUUUCCUGGCCUACCGCCUGCGGAGUUGCUGCCGGGCUCUGGGCUGGGGCCACUCAUCCAGCUUCUCUACACCAAUGAGACAUCUGCACGGUUGUGGACAGCAUGAGGCCAACAGCUGGUCCCGUGCUCUGAAGGCCGAGAAAUCGGGUCCCCAGCUGGUUGGGGUCCUUCUCCCUGGAGGAGGCCCUGGGGAGCCCACCUCCAAUGGUGCAGAGCUGAGAAAUAAAGGGCAUUUGGUCUGA